AUGGAUGGCAAAAAGGUAAACCCCCUCCCUGAGGGGCGGUCUAACACAAUAUAUGAGGAAGAGACACGCGGCAGAGCACGAGAGCGACCGGCCGAAAGCAUCUCGUCCGGCACCAGGCCAUCUACGGCCUCGUCAGCCAGAACAGAUCUCUCUACGACUUUUGGAGCGAUCCUCCAGCCCAUGGAGGACGAGAGACGGAGGAAAGAGUUGGAUAGAACUUCUAGGCGUCCUACCUUGCCAAGCAAGGUAUUCGGGACCAUAAACUCGAGGGUGAACCCCCUCCCUGAGGGGCGGUCUAACACAAUAUAUGAGGAAGAGACACGCGGCAGAGCACGAGAGCGACAGGCCGAAAGCAUCUCGUCCGGCACCAAGCCAUCUACGACUUUUGAAGAGAUCCUCCAGCCCAUGGAGGAUGAGAGACGGAAGGAAGAGUUGGACAAGAAAACCGACAAGCUCCUUAGAACUUCUAGGAGUCAUAUGCUACCAAGCAAGGUAUUUGGGACCAUAAACUCGAGGCGGGGCCCUGGCGCCCCGCCAAGAAUAUCCCGAAAAGUAGCAGCUGGCAUGAAUAGGUUUUAUAAUGACUACAAAGAUGCUGAGCUAGGGGUAACGCGGCCCACUACUAUGCCUCACGAGGUUCCUCCUCGUGAGGGGAAGUUCAAGAAGGUAGCGAAGGACAUACUGACGCGUGCGAAGAAGGGCAUGUCUAAUAAUUAUGGGCAUGAUUCUGAGGAUGACCGGCCUAAAAAAUAA